CGUGGCGCGCGGAAAUGGUCGGAAUUGAGCGAAAUUAUCGCUGUUCCCGUUGCAAGAUCGAUUUUAGACAGUCUACUGAACGAGCAGCUGAACACGUUACAAGUCCAGGCCACAUUAAGAAGAUGGGAUCAAAAUGCGAAAUUCAAUCAGAAAGUCCAAUCAUGUCUCCCACAAAUUAUGAUUUGGCAAAGUGCAGUAAGGAAACCACUAAACAUGUUGCACGUCAAGAUCAGAUACAGCAGUUAUCAAAUCAUCCAUCGUUAAACAUUGAAGACUUGCUAAAUAAAGAUCUGAUCAAAUUCAUUGCGGAUCAAUUGCUAAUAGCCGAUGAAUUAAAAUCAAUACCCGAGUAUGAGGUUAUUGAGAGCCAAUUAUUUGAUCUCGUGAAACCGUUGUUUCCCAAACAAACAUUGCGGGUUUAUCGAAUUGGGUCGCGGAUUACGGGUAUAGGCGAACGGGAUUCCAAUUUCGAUAUUUUCCUCGAUAUCGGCGAUACAUUCGAAGUCUUCGAGAAUCAACCUUCACCGUAUAUUAUGAAUAAAUUUAAAAAAGUAAGCAAGGCUAUGAGGAUGGUUCCGUAUAUAUGGAAAAUAGAGGGAAAAGUUGAGCGAGCUCGUGUGCCUGUAAUAAAAGCGUAUAACUUUUCUGCACGUAUUAAAUGCGAAAUCAGUUUCUCGAACAGCUUGGCGGUUAUAAAUACUAAACUAAUAGAGCAUUUCUUUGACAUACAACCGAUUGCAAGACACAUUUGUCUUUUUUUAAAAAACUGGUGGCGAUGUGCUCGUUUAACGCCUUGUUAUCCCACUUAUAGUAUGGUGUUAAUGGUUACUUACUUUCUACAAAUUAAAGAAAUUUUGCCCUCUGUCGAAUUCCUUCAGAAAAGUAUUGACUUGAAGAAAGCUAUAUUCAUCGGUCCUUGGUUGGCAACGUUCGGUUUUUGCGCUCUAAGUGAUGUAAAUAAGGAUAAGGUGUCCGUAACAGCGACGAGCAUUCAAAUGUAUUUAAGGCUUUUCUUCGAAUUUUACUCGCAAUUCGAUUUUGAAGCAUAUGCUGUUUGCCCGUACCUGGGAAAGCUCGUAAAAAUUGAGGAUUUGGAAAAGGAAAUGCCAACCAGGUAUCACUGUUAUGUGAAAAUUGCUCGCUCAGAUCGUAUGAUUAAUUUAAGGACACCACUAGUUGUUCAGGAUCCGAUACAACUUCAACGUAAUAUUAUCACAAAUGUGAAAAAGAUUCAUUUACAGGCAUUCAUUGAAUAUAUACGUUUGUCUCUCUCAACGAUGUCCGAAGGAUAAUAUGUAAAAUAAAUCUAAUUACAAUGAAAUCAUUUCUUCAGAUACUAUUUGCAAUCUGCAGCAGGAAGAAAUAGAAAAUUAGUUUGCUAAAAAUGGCCACAUACGGUAUAUUCGAUUUUUAUAUCCGCCACCGAAGAUUGGAAAAAUAUUAAGUUUGUCAAAACGUUCGCUAUACGCAUAUAGAAGCUUUAGAGACUCUACGUCGUGGAUGUAGCCAUGAUCUCCUUGAUCAAAUUCCCUCCCUCCGUAAUGGCAAAUAUUGCCCUCACCGUAAAACUGAAAGUUGUCUUCAAAGUAGACUUGCUUGCACGCGAGUGUAUGCCCUAAAUCAAACUGGAAGUACAUGUUUAUAGCGCAGCGCAAGGAGAGCAUUCCUGCUUUAUGUUCACUAUUUAUAAACUUCAAUAGUUAGACAAGAAAAACCUCCGCAGCUUUUCAGCAAGAAUGGGAUACUAACAUGAGAAAGAAAUACAUCGCAAUAUUAUAGAGUAUGGAAAUUUAAUUUUUCUCUCUUUUUUUAAGACUUCCGGUGCCAGAAUGUAUUCAACACCCACCAGGACUUGAGAUGUAUCCACCUUUUAUUAUACCGAACGAUUCACUAUCAUUUUCUGAAUCUAUUUAAGCUUGUCUGUCUGUCUGUCCGUCUUCUUUUCUUGUAGUUACUUACCUACAGGCUAUAAGUUUUGCGUUUUUUGAUGAAAUUGCCUACGUACACUGACGUGGUUUGGCUCGAAGGGAAGUGUUGCAAAAAACGGUUCGGAUCCGGUCCGGGUUUUCGACCACUUUCCAUAUAACUGCCAUUUGUUAGGUGAAAUGAAAUUAUAUUUCCCAUAAAAGAAUUUCGGAGGAAAUUCUUAUUGAAAGCAACGAAGUGCUCUCUCCCUCCUCAACAUAUGGUACUUUUUUACCCAAAGUAUAUGGAAGACGGAGAGAAAGCCAUAGCAAUACAGUUGCAACUUGCGUUGUUUCUAUUCUUUCUCAACUGUAAACAAAUUGAAGAUCGGUCAUUUAAUUACUCUCAGAUGGUUCGAAAUGUGGACUUCCCUUAAUCUUAGAUAGUAUUUCAGUUCUGAGUAAUAUUUCGUAAAAAUUUUUCAAAUAUUCAUUGCGUUCCUUAAUAAAAAGACUUAUGUCUAGAUUU